AUGCCUCCAUUGAGGUACAACCAGCAAGCCCUCAAUGGUCCCUACGCGCAGUUUCCGCAAAAUGCAGGCCAGUCGCAUCAUUCGUCACAGAUUCAUGGUCUUCCUCCACCACAAUUGGCUGCCCCUGCUACCUUCGGUCAAGGCGCAUCAGUGGUGACGAGUCCGUUCUCGAUUCCUGGAAACUCCGGUAGCACGUUCGAUAGGGGUCUUGGUGAGGCAUCCAUGAUUCCGAAUCAAUCAGGCCAGUUCGGCUAUGGCAGAGGAGGCCCUGUACAAGCACAUCAAGACUUCACGGGUGCGCAACAGGCACAACAGGAUCCUAGGAUAAAAGAAGUAUGGAAACACAACUUAGCAGAAGAAAUGGCAGUUCUGCGAGAUCUAGUUGAUGACUAUCCUUACAUUGCUAUGGAUACUGAGUUUCCAGGAAUCGUGGCCAGACCUGUUGGUGCUUUCACCACAAAGGCGGAUUACCACUAUCAAACUCUUCGUUGCAAUGUGGACCUGCUGAAGAUGAUUCAGCUCGGAAUCACCCUUUUCAAGCCAGAUGGAUCUCUACCAACAGAUGCGCAGACUGGUCAGAAACCGUAUGCACCGAACCUGAGUCCUGUUUGCACCUGGCAAUUCAACUUUCAAUUCGACCUCGAAGCAGACAUGUAUGCACAAAACUCCACCACCAUGCUCAAGCAAGCUGGUCUCGACUUUGACAAACACAGACUGCAUGGCAUAGACCCUCUGAAGUUCGGCGCGUUUCUGAUAACAUCAGGACUCGUGCUCGAUCCGGAAGUCAAAUGGAUUAGUUUUCAUUCAGGCUACGACUUUGGCUAUCUCAUGCGAAUCAUGCUCAACAGAAUGCUUCCCGACAAUGAGGCCGAAUUUCAUCAGCUCCUUGACAAGCAUUUCCCAUCGUUGUUCGAUAUUAAGUACAUUGUGAAGCACGUUGGUAAUCGCAAUACUGUUAACAACAACCAAGACCUCACACCCGAGGCAAACAGAAUUAUUCAGAUAAUAACGCAAAAGUCCGGACUUCAGGACCUGGCCAACGAGUUGAAUAUUCAAAGAGUGGGCAUUCAACACCAGGCAGGAUCCGAUUCUCUACUCACGGGGCAAGUCUAUUUCAAGAUGAAGGAGAAAAUAUUCGGCGGCACUAUUGACGAAGAAAAGUACAAGGGACAGGUCUGGGGCUUGAACGGCCAAAUGCCGCAGUCUAUGAUGACAGGACGAGAUCUAGGCACAACGCCAAAUGUGAACGGCACUCCCUUCUACGGUGCAGGGUCUAGUCAUGCUCCCAGCACGCCGCAGACAGGAAAUAUUGGCUUAGCACAAACACCAGGUGCUAGUCACAUCCAGAAUACAUUCGGUACACCUGGCGCAUUCGGUAACUUCCAGUACGGCGGCAACCAAGCAAGAGGCUAG